CCGCCGCGGCUGUCCUCUGGGCUCGUGAACGGCGGACCGAGCUCGGUCGCCUCAGUCGCUUAGCCACUGCUGCCUCCGUCUCGUCCUCCGCGCCCCCGGCCCCGCCGCCUCGCGCGCCCCCAGCCCCUCAAGCCAGAUGAUGAACUUCCUGCGGCGCCGGCUGUCCGACAGCAGCUUCAUCGCCAACCUGCCCAAUGGCUACAUGACCGACCUGCAGCGGCCGGAGCCCCAGCAGCCGCCGCCGCCGCCGCCGCCCCCCGGCCCGGGCGCGGCCUCGGCCUCGGCCUCGUCGGCGCCCCCCGCCGCCUCGCCCGGGCCCGAGCGGAGGCAGCCGCCGGCCCCGGCGCCCGCGCCGCAGCCGGCCGCGGCGCCGUCGGUGGGCAGCAGCUUCUUCAGCUCGCUGUCCCAAGCCGUGAAGCAGACCGCCGCCUCGGCCGGCCUGGUGGACGCGCCCGCCCCCGCCCCCGCCGCCGCCAGGAAGGCCAAGGUGCUGCUGGUCGUCGACGAGCCGCACACCGACUGGGCCAAGUGCUUUCGGGGCAAAAAAGUCCUUGGAGAUUAUGAUAUCAAAGUAGAACAGGCAGAAUUUUCAGAGCUCAACCUGGUGGCCCAUGCAGAUGGGACCUAUGCUGUGGAUAUGCAGGUGCUCCGGAAUGGCACAAAGGUUGUCCGUUCCUUCCGGCCAGACUUUGUGCUCAUCCGGCAGCAUGCAUUUGGCAUGGCGGAGAACGAAGACUUCCGCCACCUCAUUAUUGGCAUGCAGUACGCAGGCCUCCCAAGCAUCAACUCACUGGAAUCCAUUUACAACUUCUGUGACAAGCCAUGGGUGUUUGCCCAGCUGGUGGCCAUCUACAAGACAUUGGGAGGCGAAAAGUUCCCACUCAUUGAGCAAACAUACUACCCCAACCACAAAGAGAUGCUGACACUGCCCACAUUCCCUGUGGUGGUGAAGAUCGGUCAUGCUCACUCGGGCAUGGGCAAGGUCAAAGUGGAAAACCACUACGACUUCCAGGACAUUGCUAGUGUGGUGGCCCUCACGCAGACCUACGCCACAGCAGAGCCUUUCAUUGACGCCAAGUAUGACAUCAGGGUCCAGAAGAUAGGCAACAACUACAAGGCUUACAUGAGGACGUCAAUCUCAGGGAACUGGAAGACGAAUACUGGCUCUGCAAUGCUGGAGCAGAUCGCCAUGUCAGACAGGUACAAGCUGUGGGUGGAUACCUGCUCUGAGAUGUUUGGUGGCCUGGACAUCUGUGCCGUCAAAGCGGUACAUGGCAAAGAUGGGAAAGACUACAUUUUUGAGGUCAUGGACUGUAGCAUGCCACUGAUUGGGGAACACCAGGUGGAGGACAGACAACUCAUCACUGAACUAGUCAUCAGCAAGAUGAACCAGCUGCUGUCUAGGACUCCUGUCCUGUCUCCUCAGAGACCCUUAACCACCCAGCAGCCACAGAGUGGAACACUUAAGGAUCCGGACUCCGGCAAGACCCCACCUCAGCGGCCAGCCCCCCAAGGGGGCCCUGGGCAACCCCAAGGAAUGCAACCCCCAGGCAAGGUGCUGCCUCCACGCCGGCUCCCCCCUGGACCAUCACUGCCACCUUCCUCCUCUUCCUCCUCCUCCUCUUCUUCCUCCUUCUCGGCUCCUCAGCUGCUGGGCGGCCCCACCACCCACGGAGAUGCACCCUCCAGCAGCAGCUCCCUGGCAGAGGCCCAGCCACCCCCGGCUGCUCCACCACAGAAGCCCCAGCCUCACCCACAGCUCAACAAGUCGCAGUCCCUGACAAAUGCCUUCAGCUUCUCUGAGUCCUCCUUCUUCCGGUCUUCAGCCAAUGAGGAUGAAGCCAAAGCGGAGACCAUCCGGAGCUUGAGGAAGUCCUUUGCCAGCCUCUUUUCAGAUUAGCUCUCCAGACACACGAGGGCACCCGGCCCAGCCAGGAAAGGCAUCUUGAGACAUUUGCCAACAAGAGACAGCCACGCUUGGUAGUGGUGUCCUGUGACCUUGACAUGUAUGGCCCCUUCCUCUGCUCCGUUGUGCUAAGUGAUGCUGUGCAGCUCAGAAAGGACUAUGCAAAGGUCUCAGGGCAGGUGCCUAACCAGCGAGGGGCACCUGACAUCAGAGAGGAUAGAGCUGCUUUCCUGUAGUCAUGACAGCUUCCUCUGAGGUCAUCGUUCGCUGUGAGUUUAGUGGCCUUAUUGUGACAGAGCCAUCAUGUCUUAUUCUUCCUUGUGAAACCAGGAUUCCCUUCACUGAGGACUCCUAGUAGUUUAACCUGUCUCAGCUGCAGUGCUAAGCAUGCCUUCCCCCCAACCCUUAGUCAGUGCUGCCUGUUUAGGGAGCAUAUACUUACCGAGAAGUACUAUUGGCUCCAAGUGUUAGGAACUUACCCACACCUGGAUCCCUUGUCACACCAGUUUAACUGUUUAAAACCCACCUGCCCAGCACAUGAGCUUCCUCAACUGCUGUUGUGGUGAAGCACCUUUACUCUGCUGAUACUGGAGAGAACAAGGAUGUGAAGUUUCCCUCUUUUCCCUCCUCUGGAGAGCAGUUCUUGUGUGUGUGCUGCAGUGAUCUUGAGCUCUGAAGCUACACUGUAGAGAAUGCAUGUCACUGUAACAGCAGUAUGCCAAGUUUUGUGUUCAUCUUCAAAUAAAUGUUAAGACCUUUGGUGUAAUAAAAGCAGCAGCAUUAACCAGCAUUUGAUUCAGCCAUGAGGUCUCCCCUAGGCCACUCUUUUGACUGAGAAAGUGUAUGUGAGGCAUGUGUGUGUGUUUGCAAGUGUAGGGAAGUGAAAAGUCUAGGAGGGUGAAGCUGUUUGUGUCAGUAUUUGUGUGAAUGUGUUUGUGUGUAAGUGUGAUUGUGGAUUAUGGCUGUGUUUGCAAGUGCUUGAGAGUAUGGCUGUCCUUUAGAUGCCACUUAUACUGGGCCUCCUGACACCUCCCUGGUAAAUCUGUUUCCUCCAGGACAGCUGGACUUCCUUCAGUAAUGCAGCAUUUCUACCAAUUUUACUGAAUUUGUAGCCUUUCUAAUAAGCAUAGCACCUUUGCUCCUGUAGCGGCCAUGUUAGACCUACUUCUCGGGCCCAUCAGGCUUAUCAGUUAAAGCCUGCACGGUGGUGCCAACGAGGCUAGACCGACCUGCUCUGAUGAGUGGAGUCCCACAAGCUUGGCCCUAGGCAUCCUGAAGAGGCCUGAGAUUGAGAGUGGGCUCCGAGGGAUUUUACUCUGGUUUCUUCAUGACUCUCUGCUACUCAAUCAUGUAUUCCCAAAGAUCACAAAUGCUAUGAGGAUAAAUACCACAUCUGCAUUAAUAAAAAGAAAUCAGUAUAUUAACAUUUUAUCAAAUAAUUUCCUAUACAUAAUGCCUAUCCUACUAACUCAACAAAAUAAUACUCAUCCAGAUGCCACUAUGUUGCUAAUCCUCCUCACAAGGAGUAGAUGCUGAGAGAGAAAAGAAUGAAUUUGUCUGGUACCAGGGUCUCCUUUCUAACUCAGUCCAUGCUUUCAGGGUUCAAGGAUCUAGAACUGUACUUCUUCUUACACUUAAAAAACAGGAAGUAGAACCUCCCGUUGAGUGACACCUAGGGGGGUGGCAGCCGUCUUUCCACCACAACACACGUAACUAGGGAACAAACUACUAACAAACCAAACAAAAGGGUUGGGGGAGAGGGAAUACCUAUGCUCAAGGGAAUUGAUCUUUAUGAUUCUUCUGUUUCCAACCCAGAGUCUACCACUUGCAGUCACUUCUAUCUCCCAAUUCCAAAUAUGUUUAAUAGAAUGCAUUGAUUUCAUCAAAAAACAUUUAUUGAGCAUUUACUAUGAGCAUAAACAUUGUGAUGGAUUCAAGGAAAUAUUUACUAACACUUUCGUAGUGACUGCUAAGUUCUAGCACAAUUCAAAGCACUUAACAUAUAUCAAUUCAUUUAUUCCUUACAACCCUGUAUUAUAGGUACUAUUAUUAUUUUACAAAUGAGGAAACAGAAGCAUAUCAAGUUCAAUAACUUUCUCAAAGUCACCUAACUGGUAUGUGGUGGAGCUGGGAUUUUUUUAACACAAGCAGUGUAGCGGCAGAACUCAUGGCCUUAACUACUUUGCUAUGUUACUUUUAUUUAAUCUAGUAGAGGCAACAAGAUAUGAUUUUAUUGAAUUGUACAUAAUGUGAUAACAAAAUAAGAGAUGUACACAAAAAUUCUUCACAACCGUAUUCAUCUCCUUCCUUCACCUUCUGUCUAUCUCUUGGCCCCAGAGAAAGGAGGGAUGGGAGAAGGUCAGAGUACUUGUUACCAGGGUUGACUCCUUGUCCUAGAGCCAUGAGUAACAUACACAAUGUAUCUUAUUCUGAUCGAACAUAAUUCUGGUUCUUAAAAAAUUACUCAUUCUUCCACAUGUGAUGUCAGACCAAAAACCACAAGUGGCUUAUUUAGAAAAUGAGUCACCCUGGAACUGCUGGGUUGACAAAAAGGGGAGGCAUUUACCAUAGGUCAUGUAGCACCCUAGUCCAAAGGACACAUAGAUUCUGCCCAACCCUUAGUAAUGGGGUGGGGUGGGAGAUGGGGGAGUUCCAUUCAGAAACAGCCCUCUUGGUACGUAAUAAGGAUAGCCCCAGAGACUGGGAAAUUUGCCACUCACAACAAUCAAUAAAUAUUUGAUGAGUAUCGUGAUAAUAAAUGAUCUAAAGCUGGGCCUUGCAAAGGUUGGUGACAGCCCACUAUAGAUCUUGGUCUGUAGGCCAGUUGUGACCACUGUGCAACCAUCUUUGCAGCUGAUAGGGAUUCCCUACCCCCAUCUUAUUUCCAGAUUAAUAGGGUAGAAUGCUUCAUCCCUGCCCACAUGGAACUUCCCAUCU